GUGUUUUGCGCGCCGUACCCCAACGAUGCUGUUAUGGACCGUUGUCAGGUAACUUGGCAAGGCGAAAUACCGUAGGUAAUGAUGAUUGCCCCUCCUGAUCUGCCGCACCUUGGACUCUGUGACUCUUCGAGCUAUUCCUUAGUGUCUACCCAAUGAGACCAUAAGUACACUCCGAUUCACUGUGUCGACCCUGUGGCACUCUGCUUUAUCUCAAGUGAAUCCCUCUCGCUCUGCUUCCUGUCUCCGACGCCAUAAACUUCUUCUUUAAAAACCACCACUUUUUAAGUGCAGCCGCCGCCCACCAAAGCAGCACAGCACACUUUUACCCCGCCAUCCUACCCUUUGCGCCAACCAUCUCUGCCAAACAUCCCACUUCGACCCCGCAAUCUCACUUUGUCUACGCAGACAAUCAGAAGCAAACCAGCAGAGACGAAAAAACCCCAUCACAAUCAAAAUGGCAGGCGGACAACCAGGAGGCAACUCUCGCGGCCGUGGCGGCAAAUUCAGAAAGUUCACCCGUGGAGGUGGCAAGCACUUCUCUCGUGAUCUCAGACCCCUCGACGCCGAUGGCAACGAAAUCAACAUCAAGAAGAAGGAUGAGGAGAGCUCUGAAGAGGAAUCUGAGGAGGACUCUGAGGAGGAGUCCGACUCUGACGAGGGCGGCGCCGCCCAGGCCGAGAUGUCUCGCGCCGACCGAAAGGCCGCCGCAAAGGCUCGCAAGGACGCCGCCAUAGCCAAGAAGAAGGCCCAGGCCGUCGAGGUCGGCGACCUCCCUCCCACCGACUCUGAGGAGGAGAGCAGCGACGACGACAUGCCCGCCAACCCCAAUCACUCCAAGGCCUCUCGCAACCAGACCAAGGCGCCUGCCCCCACCGCCGACGUCGACGAGGCCGCCGAGGGCGUCAAGAAGCUGACCGUGGCCAACAACCGUAAGGAGCGUGAGAGCAUGGAGGCCGCGCAGGCCAAGGAGAGAUACCGCAAGCUGCACGAGGCCGGCAAGACGGACGAGGCCAAGGCUGACCUGGCGCGGCUGAGACUCAUUCGCGAGCAGAGAGCAGCUGAUGCUGCUCGGAGAGACGCCGAAAAGGAAGAGCGCGAGGCCCAAGAAGCUGCGAAGAAGAAGGAGAUCGACGCAAAGGAAGCCAAGAAGCGUGAGGCCGCCCUCGGCCCGUCAGCCAAGAAGGGCAAGAAGUCUAGCAAAUGAGCUGUUCCUGGCCGAGUCGGACGUUCAGUAUUCUUUGGCAAUCUGGACGCAACCUCAAGUUAUAUACCAUCGUUCUUCCUGGUCCAUAUUCGAUUGCAGCAUCACAUGCCUCGGACGCUACGUGGAAACCACAAAUGUGGACAAAAGAUU